UCACCGCUGAGAAGGAGGAGGGCUUGACUGACAGAGGCGCUUAUUAGGCAGCGGGGGAACCGGCUGGGUUGCAUCAUCAUCAUCGUCAUUCCUCUGAGUGGAGCCCAGCGUGGUUCAGAGGAAGGAGAAGGAUGAAGCUGUGCCUGAGCGAAGGCAGCCCUGGGGGGCUGAAAGUCCUGGCCGCAGCCAAAGCCACAGGGGUCCCAGUGGAGCUCCACUGGCUCCCCCAGGAGGCUCAUGUUGUCCCAUUCCUCACCCACCCACAAUUGCCAGUUCUGCAGUUGGAAAAUGGGACCUUCCUAUUCUCCACAAAUACAAUUUGCCAAUACUUUUUCCGCCUAUCUGGAAAAGAAGUCAGUGAUUUUGGCCAGGAACAGAGUGAUUUUGCCAAUCAGUUGUUUGAGUGGGAAGCAACUGAGCUGCAGCCUGCUUUGUCUGUAGCCUUGUAUCUUCAUGUGGCACAAGAAAAAAAGGGAGACGAGGUUAUAGAGAUCAUCAGGAAGCCACUGAACUACAUUGAGCAGACCCUUACCAAAAAGAGCACUCCAUACUUUACUGGGGAGGCUGAGUCAGCUGUUGAUAUUGUCUUGUGGGGAUCCCUAUUCCCUCUGUUAAAGGAUGUAUCCUACUUGCCAGAUGAGUUGUCAACCCUGAAAAGAUGGUUCCAGAAUAUGAACCUGAAAGAGCACUGCAAAAAGGCAGUUGAGGCUAUAUGGACACCCAAAGGAUUGUUGGCACUUAAAGCAUAUCUGCAGAAACAUCCUGCUCCUAACCUGGCCUUUGAGAAGCCAGCUACCAAUGAACCAAAGGAAGAAGAAUCAGCUCAGUGCCAUCUCUCUGAAGAAGAGAUUGCAGUCAUUGCAGAAGUUUGGAGCAGAGGGCCAGCUAGCCUACCCAAACCUUGGAAGCCACAGCAGCCUGUACUGCCUAUGGAAGGCAUGAAGAACGUGCUGAUCACGAGUGCACUACCCUAUGUCAAUAAUGUGCCUCACCUUGGAAAUAUCAUUGGCUGUGUCCUCAGUGCUGAUACCUUUGCCAGGUACUGUCGCCUGCGCAACUGGAACACAUUGUAUUUGUGUGGUACAGAUGAGUAUGGCACCGCAACAGAGACAAAGGCCAUGGAGGAAGGGCUGACACCACAGCAGAUCUGUGAUAAGUACUAUACUGUCCAUGACCAGAUCUACAAGUGGUUCAAUAUCUCCUUUGACUUCUUUGGCCGCACCACAACACCCCAACAAACAACGAUAGCCCAGGACAUCUUCCAGCGCCUUCUGGAGAACAACUUCUUGCUGACUGAGACGGUAGAUCAAUUGAAGUGUGAGAAAUGUGAGCGUUUCCUGGCUGAUCGCUUUGUGGAAGGCACCUGCCCCUUUUGCAACUAUGAAGAGGCCCGUGGGGACCAGUGUGACAAAUGUGGCAAACUGAUCAAUGCCACUGAACUUAAGAAACCAGUAUGCAAAGUCUGUCAAGGGACACCUGUGGUGAGAUCGUCCCAGCAUCUCUUCCUGGACUUGCCCAAGCUGGAAGAGAGCCUGGAGAAGUGGCUGGCAUUGUCCCAGUCUGCAGGAGACUGGACCCCCAAUGCAAGAUACAUCACCCGUUCUUGGAUCCGCGAUGGCCUCAAGCCACGUUGUAUCACCCGUGACCUGAAAUGGGGCACACCAGUUCCCUUGGAUGGUUUCCGUGAUAAGGUUUUCUAUGUUUGGUUUGAUGCGCCCAUUGGUUACCUGUCUAUUGCAGCCAAUUACACUGACCAAUGGGAGAAAUGGUGGAAGAACCCAGAGCAGGUCCAGCUUUAUAACUUCAUGGCCAAAGACAAUGUUCCCUUCCACAGUGUUGUGUUUCCCUGCUCCCUGUUGGGUACUGGCGAGAAAUAUACUCUGGUCAAUCACCUUGUUGCAACAGAGUACUUGAACUAUGAAGAUGGCAAAUUCUCCAAAAGCCGUGGAGUGGGCGUCUUUGGGGAUAUGGCCAAGGACACUGGAAUUCCUGCAGACAUUUGGCGCUUCUACCUGCUCUAUCUGCGUCCAGAGAGCCAAGACAGUGCCUUCUCCUGGAGUGAUCUCAUGAUGAAGAACAACUCUGAGUUGCUCAACACCCUUGGCAAUUUUAUCAACAGAGCCGGGUCCUUUGUGUGCAAAUUCUUUGGGGGACACGUCCCUGCUAUGGAGCUGAGCCAAGACGACAAGCGCUUGCUGGCACACAUCACUCUGGAGCUGCGUCAGUACAAUCACUUGUUGGAGAAGGUCAAGAUACGUGAAGCCCUGCGCAGCAUCCUGAAUAUUGCUCGCCAUGGCAACCAGUACCUCCAGGUCAACGAGCCCUGGAAACAGAUCAAGGGUGGCGAUGCAGACAAGAAGCGAGCAGGCACUGUGAUAGGGGUGGCUGUCAAUAUUGCCUCCCUGUUGUCUGUCAUCCUGCAGCCGUACAUGCCCAACGUGAGCACUACUAUACAAGGGCAGUUGUGCAUUCCUGCUGACUACAACGUUCUGACCAAUGACUUUGUCUGCACUUUGCCUGCUGGACAUCAGAUUGGCACGGUAACUCCCCUGUUCCAGAAGCUGGAGGCAGAACAAAUUGAAAACCUGCGGAAACGCUUUGGUGGUGGCCAGCUUGAAGACUUUCCACUGAAGCCUAAGCAAAAAACAGCUGCAAAUAGUGAUGCAAGAUUGGGAACAAAGGAACUUCAGGAAGAAGUAGCCAAACAGGAUAAGUAUGUGCAGCAGCUUAAGACCCAGAAGGCUGAAAAGCAGCAGAUAGAUGCAGCAGUUUCAAAGUUGGUGGAACUCCAGAAACAGCUCAGCUUGGCUGUGGGAAAGGGGAAAAAGUGACAAAGCAUCUCCUUCAGAGACUGAAACUCAUCUAAUUUGCAACUGAUUACUCUGCCCUUCAGGGAUUGGAGAGUUCCUUUUUUCCCACUGUACUGUUUUAAUGUAGCCAUUUGUAUUUUAUAAUCAUGAAUACAGAGCUUUAAAAGUUGAA